AUGAUCAAACGGUCAAACGGCUUCAAUUGGGGCUCUGGAGUCGUGAGUUGCGCCUAUUGGAGAGGGUCUCUUUUGCGAGACGUCCUUCUCGGUGCAGGUGUUCCCGAACAUCUGCCCGAGAGUCAUAGGUUCUGGACCAACUUCUCCGGUGCAGAUGACCCAAACGAAAGGAGGUAUGAGACCUGCAUCAGUUUUCAGUAUGGAAUGGAUCCUAGAAAGGAUGUCAUUGCUGCCCAAUUUAUGAACGAUGAGCCUCUGCCGCCGGAUCACGGCCACCCUGUUCGAGUCAUCAUUUCUGGUUACAUAAGCGGUCGUUGGGCUACGCAUAUGCUGGCGGCGGACAUGAAGACCAACGAGUCGAAGUGUCCCUCGACGGCGGUGAAACCUGGCUCUAUUGUAUCUACCGUUUCCCCAAAGCCCCAAUUCGCCAUGGUAAUAAGUUCUGGUGUUGGCUACAUUGGCAUUUAG